CGGCGCGCGCCCCGCAGUCGCCAGCACCAUGCGGCUCUCGGCCCUGCUGAGCGCGGCACGGCCGCGGCUGCCCCCGGGCUACCGGCACGGCAUGUGGCCCCCCGACUCCACGGCCGCCCGGCUCCGCAACCCCCCGGGGCAGCGCCGCCGCAAGGUCUUCGUGGAACCCAUCGCCAAGGACGACUGGAAGGUGUUCAAGGGUGACACGGUCCAGGUGCUGGCCGGGAAGGAUGCAGGGAAGCAGGGGAUGGUCACCCAGGUGGUGCAAGCCCGCAACUGGGUGGUGGUGGAAGGACUGAACACGCACUUUCGCUACAUCAACCGCACAGCCAAGUACUCCGGGACCUACAUCGCCAGCGAGGCACCACUGCUGCCCAGCCAGAUCUCCCUGGUGGACCCUGAGGACCGGAAGCCGACAGAGGUGGAGUGGCGGUACACGGAGGAGGGCGAGCGUGUCCGCGUGUCGCUGCGCAGCGGCCGCAUCCUGCCCGUGCCCCCGCAGCCGCACAAGGAUGGCAUCGUCCCUGAGCAGUGGAUCGAUGGCCCCAAGGACACGUCCAAGGAGGAUGCGCUGGCCAAGACAUACCGGCCAUCCCUGAAGACCUUUGAGGAGGAGAUCAUGGAUGCCAUGGGGAUCGUGGAGACACGCCGGGCCAAGAAAUCCUACUGGUAUUAACUGGGGGAGCCAGAAGCCCCCUGAGCCAGGCUGUGCAAUAAACACCCCCCUUGAUUUUC